AGGAAAAUCAGAUCUGGCGUGGAGGGAGCGGCUCUGUGCCCAAGGAGCACAGAUGGUGCGGUGGCUGUACCUGUCCGGGCUGGUGUUCGCCGUGCUCAUCCCGCCGGGAUGGCAGGUGGCUCCCAAGGACCUGGAGGAGCUGUCCAGGUGGAAGUUGUUCGGAUCCCAGAACUCCCAGAGCUUCCCACCCCACGCCAAGCGGCACUCGGAGGGGACCUUCACGAGUGACUUCACGCGGUACCUGGACAGGAUGAAGGCCAAGGACUUCGUGCAUUGGCUCAUCAACACCAAGAGGUGCCGGGAGCAGGGAGAGGGGCGGGACCGUACAAUUAACGGCGAAUCCGGGCAGCAGCUUUGCAGCCCGCUGCACUCGGGAAUGUCGGACCUGUCCCUCGCCAGCCAGGACCGGCAGCUCCGCGGGAAGGAUUUGUCCAUCGCACUCAGCUCCCUGCCCCAUCCCGUGUUCCCAGGCAGCUCCUCCUGA